CUGAUAUCAUGGUGAUGGGGGUGUCACAUGGAUUGCUGUCUCUGUAUGCAGGGUCUGUUACAGCUGUGCCUGCCUUGGAAUCAACACAACAGGAGGCUGAUACCAGAGUGAUCCUCUACUCCAUAUACAGUGUCCAGAAUGAGCAGGCUGAAAGAGUGAUCAUCUAUGCCAAUGACACAGAUAUCAUCACCACAUGGCUGUAUUAUGCUGCAACACACCUGAAGGACCUGCCUGAGUUCUGGGUACGAACAGCCCAUGAUGUCUACCUCCCUAUCCAUGAGAUGGCUGUGGCACGUGGUCUCUCACAAUGCCAUGCUCUACCCUUUGUACACAGCCUCAGUGGUCGAGAUACCACCAGCUAUCCCUAUUUCAUGGGGAAGAAAUCAUGGAUAAAGGCUAGCACCACUGUAGACCUUGCUGCACUGGAGUCAUUUGGGAAGGAUGCAACAGAUGACAUCACACCUAACAUCAUCAAGGAAGCACGGGAUCUCACUAUCGCUGUGUACACCACGAGGGCAGACAGCUUUGAGGAGUCUGACCUAGCAAAGUUGAGGACCUACAAGUUCCUCAACAACAGGUCAACACUCCUGAAGCUUCUACCACCAACAGAGAAUGCCUUCCUGCUGCAUCUGAAGCGGGCAGCACUUGCUACCAUCAUUGAUAAGAAUGGACACAUGGCAAAACCAGAUCUACCUCAGUACAUGGAUUUUAGGUGGUCCAUGCAAUAUGACAGCCUGUUUCCAGUGCCAGCAACAAAGCCUCCCUGGCCCCAGGACCUGAGGAAGGCAAUGUCAUGUCACUGCAUCAAGGGAUGCAAAAGGAACUGUUCCUGCUCAAAGAAAGAUGUCCCAUGCUAUGAAGGGUGUCGCUGCCAGGGACUGGCAACCAAGUGCAGUCGUGUGCAGUACACUGAUACAAUGGAGAGCAGUGACAGCAGGACAGAGUCAGAAACUGACUAAGAGACUGAUACAAAUAAGCCUACUGAU